AUGCCUCGUAAAACACAGUGCGUCCACCCGGACAAGCCGAUGAUGUUCGCGUGCGCCGACUGCCCUCGUCGUGGCUUCUGUGGCUCCACGCGUGCGGCGCCGCGGGAUGGCAAGGCUGCCCGCAGCGCUGUUGCCCGGCUCGGGCUGGCAACAGAGGCGGAGAGCCGAGAGGGCCGAGAAUCGACCAGCGAGGAAGUGAUGCGCCGAGUGAAGGACAUGGCCUCGGAGGCCUCCACAGCUUCGCUGCCUGACCAUGUGGUGAAGCACGCCGCGGUGCAGGUCCUCGCCGCCCUAGCCGCCACCGCAGCACCGCUCGCAGCCAAGGCAGACGACGUCCCCGCGCUGCAGUCUGUGGGAGCACCGCAAAUGCAAAUGCAGCAGCCUGGUGGGGGUGGUUUCGCCCGUGUCACAGGGCGCGUGACCUACUCCCGUCUCCUCGAGUUCGUGGAUGAGGGCUCUGUGAAGCGUGUGGACUUCUACGACCUUGGGCGCACGGCGGUUGCCACCGUUUCUGUGGGUGGCCGCGAGCAGCAGCUUGUGUGCGAUCUUCCCGGAGCCACCACAGGCCUCAUCGAGAAGCUCACGGCAAAGGGCAUUUCCAUCGAGGUCCACCAGCCCGAGAAGCCCAACCCUUUGUUUAACGUGCUCGGUGACGUUGCCUUCCCACUUCUGCUGAUCGCCGGCCUGCUCUUCCUGCGCUCCCGCGCUCCUGGUGGCGGCGGCAUCCCAGGCUUUGGCAACCGGGGCCAGGCGAAGAUCAUGAUCACUCCAGAGACGGGCGUGAAAUUUGAAGACGUGGCCGGGAUUGACGAGGCUAAGGAAGAGCUGAUGGAGAUUGUGGAUUUCCUUAAAGCACCAGAGAGGUUCGUGAAGGUUGGCGCCAAGAUUCCCCGUGGCGUGCUGUUGACAGGACCUCCUGGCACUGGCAAGACGCUGAUGGCCAAGGCUCUCGCUGGCGAGUCUGGUGUGCCAUUUAUCCAGUCAUCCGCCUCUGAGUUCAUCGAGCUCUUCGUCGGUGUGGGUGCUUCUCGCGUGCGGGACAUCUUCAAGCAGGCGAAGGAGAAA